CCCUACCUCCGGUCCGCUCGUCCUUUAGCUCGCAUUUCAGAGAAGGUGAUUGAUUGGAAAUCACCUCUCAGACCUGAGAAGGGACGAGUAUUAUACCUCUCGGGCUCCUCUAUCCUAAGGGCAGUUGUUCUACUUGUUUACUUGCCAGGUCUGGGCUUGUUCAAUACCAUCACGUUAGACACAACCGAAGUGAUCUAGUGAGACCGUGAACUUCCAGGAUGACUCCUCCAGUCCUUCUUCCUACCCGCAAGCUUGGCGGAGGCGGAGAUGGUCCCGAGAUCUCAGCAAUCGGUCUUGGUUUGAUGGGCUUGAGUGUUGGCUACGGGCCAGUGGGAACUGACGAGGAGCGCCUUGCCGUGCUGGACCGCGCCUGGGAGCUUGGGUGCACCAACUGGGAUACAGCCGACAUAUACGGCGACAACGAGGAUCUGCUUGGCAAGUGGUUCGCGCUUCACCCGGAGAGACGGGACGAUAUAUUUCUCGCCACCAAGUUCGGACUGACUGCCGGUAUCAAAGACGACGGCACUGUCGAGUUUGGCCUCGAUAGUACCCCCGAGCAUGCCCGUGCAGCGUGCGAACGGAGCCUGGCGAGGAUGGGCGUCAAGUCGAUUGACCUGUACUACGUCCACCGAGCUGAUAAGAAGACGCCGAUUGAGAAGACUAUGGAGGUGCUUAGGGAGCUUAAGGAAGAGGGCAAGAUCAAAGCAAUUGGUCUAUCCGAGUGCUCAUCCGACUCACUAAGACGGGCAUACAAGGUUGCAGCCAUCGCCGCUGUGCAAGUUGAGUAUAACCCCUGGCAGCUGGACAUUGAAAACGAGACAGGCACCAACCUGUUGGCCACCUGCCGUGAACUUGGUGUUACUGUCUUUGCCUACUCACCCCUGGGGCGGGGAUUCUUGACUGGUCAGAUACGAUCAGUCGAUGAUUUGGCCCCUGACGACUUCCGUCGAGGGGUACCGCGUUUCAGCGCCGAGAACUUCCCAAAGAACCUCGAGCUGGUGGACAAGUUUGAGGAGAUGGCUGCAAAAAAGAGUUGUACGACAGCCCAACUUGCCCUUGCCUGGCUGAUGGCUCAAGGAGAUGAUAUUAUUCCGAUCCCUGGCACGAAGAAGAUUAAGUACCUGGAAGAGAAUAUUGGAAGCACCAAGGUGGUGUUGUCACCCGAUGAGGAAAAGGAGAUUCGGAAGCAGGUUGAAAAAGCCAAUGUUACAGGCCAUCGCAAUCCGAAUGGAGUAAUCUUCACUGAGGCAGAGUUCUGGGAUACGCCGGAAAUGUGAGCAGCUCCGGAAUCCUCGGUUCCGACGCCGGAAAACAGCCAGUCGAGCUGGGUGUUGUGUCAUGUGGAAGUAAGUGACAUACACCUCAGAUAGUAUGCCAGAGAACUCGUUGAACUUGAGCCACUUCAAGUUAUCAUCAUAGUAGGCAGGUACUAGAUACACUUUCCUAGGAGUGCCUUCUUCUAGACCUCAUUAGCGUUGCGAGGUGAAGAGCUUAUUGGCCUGCUGGCGUCACACUCUACCUACAGCAGGAAAUUAUGGUGAUGCGU